AUGGGGCGUCAAACUUACACUGAAGACGCAGAAGUGACGGUGGAUGUUAAAGCACAAGCAUCUAAAGAUGAAGACAGCUAUAAAUCGAAUGAUUAUGAAGAAGAAAUCUCAGCUCUGGAAGAAUUUAUGGCGGGAAUUCAAGAGGCUUUUGAAUCACUGAUACAAUCAUCAGAAGAUGGAAGUAGCAGUAGUAGUAGCAGUAGUAGUAGUAGUAGUAGUAGUAGUGACGAGGAGGAGUUCUUAGAACAGGCAUCGAAGUAUUUUAUUGAGGCUUAUGAUGAACUGAACUGUAUCGGAUUACUGAUGAGUGAUACGGACUCGUCUGGUAUGGAAUCGCCUACAGCUUUUGAAAAAUUUGAAAAUUCGGUUAUCAAAGUGGAAGUGUCAUCAGGGAAAGCUGAAACACCGACUCACGAAUUUGAAAAUUCAGUUAUCGAUGUGGAAAUAUCAUCAGAGGAAGGAGAAACACCAUCUUACGAAUUUGAAAAUUCAGUUAUCGAAGUGGAAGACGAAGAUGUCCAAUUGAAAACAUUACCUAUUCCGAUCAAAGUUAUUUCUGUUGAAAUCGAAGCCCCAGAAGUCGAAAUCGAAGCACCAGCUGUCGAAAUCGAAGAACCAGGUGUCGAAAUCGAGGAACCAGCUUUUGAAAUCGAAGCCCCAGAAGUCGAAAUCGUAGCACUAGCUGUCGAAAUCGAAGGACCAGGUGUCGAAAUCGAAGCACCAGCUUUUCAAAUAGAGGCACCGGUAGUCGAAUUGGAAACACCUUCCAUUGGAUUCGAAGGACCAGCUGUGGAAGUAGAAGCACCAGCUUUCGAAAUUGAAGCUCCAGCUAUGAAAAUUGAAACACCAGCCAUCGAAAUCGAAGCACCCUCUGUAGAAGUCGAAACACCAGCUUUUGAAAUCGAAGCACCAGCUUUGGAAGUUGAAACACCAGAAAUCGAAAUCGAAUCACCAGCUGUAGAACUAGAAGUUGAAACACCAGCUUUUGAAAUCGACGCACCAGCUGUAGAACUAGAAGUUGAAAAACAAAAAACCGAAGAAAAUGAAGUCAUUGAAACGGAAGCAGAAGUCGAAAUAUCAGCAAAUAAAGAGUUUCUUCCACAGGUUAGAACGUUCUUCCAAGAGCUACUGGAUUUCGAAGAACCAGAUGUCGAAAUUGAAGAACCAGCUGGCGAAAUCGAAGAAAAUGCUUUUAUUGAAGCGGAAGCACCAGCUGUCGAAAUAGAAGAACCAGCUCUUGAAAUCGAAGCACCAGCUGUCGAAAUCGAAGAAAAUGCUUUUAUUGAAGCGGAAGCACCAGUUGUCGAAAUAGAAGAACCAGCUCUCGAAAUCGAAGCACCAGCUGUCGAAAUAGAAGCACCAGUAGUCGAAUUCGAAGAGUCAGUCAUACAAAUCGAAAGUCCAUCUGACCAGGCUGAAACACCAUAUGCUGAAACCGAAGCGAUAAGAGCAGAGGGUCCGGGGUUGAUAGACUGUUUUGUUGGUGAUCAGGGCGACUUUCAAGUCUUCAACAGAAAUGCUAUACGCGGGACACUUAGUGUACGGGUGAAGAGACCCAAAGCCAAAUCUCAAGUAGGUAAAUGGAAGGGAGGAAAACGGACUGUAAACUGUAGAUACAACCCAGAAGUAGCUGGAAAGUACAUUAUCAUAAUCAAGUGGGACUAUCACCAUAUCAAGGGCAGUCCAUUCACGUUACAAGUUAGAAAUCGUCCAGAAAUCGAAACAACAACUGUUGAAAUUGAAGCACCAGCAAUAGAAUUCGGAUCGCCAACUGUUGAGGCUGAAGAACCAGCUGUAGAAAGCGACAUUUCCGCUGACCAAGUUAAAACAUCAGAUGUUGAAAUCGAAUCUCUAAUCGAAACGCCGUGGCCAGUAUGGCCAUGGGCAGAGGGUCCGGGCUUGAUGGACUGUUUUGUGGGUGAUCUGGUUGACUUCCAAGUCUUCAAAGAACAAGCUGGACGCGGCACACUAAGUGUGAGAAUUAAGGGACCCAAUGCCAAAUCUCAAGUAAAUAUAUGGAAGGGACCGAAACGGACCGUCACCUGUAGAUACAGCCCAGAAGUAGCUGGAAAGUACACCAUCAACAUCAAGUGGAAGGACGAACACAUCAUGGGCAGUCCAUUCAACAUAAAAGUCAGAAAACACCCAGCAAUAGACAGCGGAACAACAGUUGCCGAAAUCGAAGCUCCAGCAAUGGAAUUCCAAUCGCCAACAGUUGAAGCUGAUACAUCACCUGAAGAAAUCGAAAUUCCAACGGACCAGAUUGAAACCCAAGAUGUUGAAAUCGAAAAACCAGCAAUUGAAUUCAAAACGCCAGCUGUCGAAAUCGAUACACUCGAUGGUGAACUCAAAACACCACCCGUUGAAGUGGAACCUCCAGCGUCCGGGAUCAAAAAAACGUCUCUUAAAAGAAAGGCCUCUGCACGAAUUUCACGAUUGUUUCGACCAGCUGCCAAAAUUGAGCUGCCAGCUGACGAAGAUGGAACACCAGCUGUUGAAGUGGAAGCCCCUGAAAUUGAAUUGGAAUCUCCAACUUUUGAAGUUGAAGCUUCUGUAGAUGGACAAAUCGAAGAACCAAAAAUGGACAUUUCAGCUGAGAAGAUCGAGACGCCGGAUGUUGAAAUUGAAUCACCAGAUGUUGAACUCGAAACACCAAAUGUUACAGUCGAAGUGGAGUCUUCAGCUCCUGAAAUCGAAACGACACCUAUCAAAAGAAAGAAAUCAGGAAGAUUCUCACGAUUGUUUCGACCAGCCGCCAAAAUUGAACUGCCAGCUGACGAAGUUGAAACACCAGCUUUGGAAAUCGAUUCACCAGUAAUUGGAUCACCAACUGUUGAAGCUAAUGGACCAGCUGCAGAAAUUGAAAUUUCAGCUGACCAGAUUAAAACUGCAAAGGUUGAAGUCGCCAUUUCAAAUGUUGAACUAGAAACCCCAGCCGUCGAAGUAGAGCCAACAGUCUCCGGAAUCAAGAAAACAUCUCUCAAAAGAAAGAAAUCGGGACGAUUUUCACGAUUAUUUCGACCAGCCGCCAAAAUUGAAUUGCCAGCUGACGAACUUGAAACACCAGCUCUCGAAAUCGAUUCACCAGUAAUCGAAUUGGAAUCACCAACUGUUGAAGCUAAUGGACCAGCUGCAGAAAUUGAAAUUUCAGCUGACCAGAUUAAAACUGCAAAGGUUGAAGUCGCCAUUUCAGAUGUUGAACUAGAAACCCCAGCCGUCGAAGUAGAGCCAACAGUCUCCGGAAUCAAGAAAACAUCUCUCAAAAGAAAAGCUUCUGCAAGAAUGUCAAAAUUGUUUCGACCAGCUGCUAAAACUAACAAACCAGCUGACAAACUUGAAACACCAACCGUUGAACUCGAAGCACCAGCAAUCGAAUUGGAAUCUGCAAUUGUUGAAGCUGAAGCACCAGCUGCAGAAAUCGUAAUUUCAGCUGAGCAGGUUGUUGAACUCGAAACCCCAGUCGUCGAAGUGGAACCACCAUCUUCUGGAAACAAAAGAACAUCCCUUAAAAAAAAUAAAUCGGGACGAUUUUCACGAUUGUUUCGACCAGCCGCUAAAAUUGAAGUGUCAGCUGACAAAGAUGGAUCACCAGCUGUUGAAAUCGAAGCACCAGAAAUCGAAUUGGAAUCACCAAUUGUUAAAGCUGAAGUACCAGCUGCAGAAAUUUAA